AUGACAACAACAACAAUAACCAAUCAAAUACCUUCAAUUAAUACCAUGCUAAGUAAUGUUAAUAAUAACAAUAAUAAUAAUAAUACCACCACCACCACUACUACUACUCCAUCGGCUAACAGUUCACAAUCAACUUUAAUUAAUCAAGAACAACAACAACAACAACAACAACACCAUCGGCAGCAACAGCACCAGCACCAGCAUCAUCAUCAUCAAUCCAUGAAUGGUGGAUCUCCAACCAAUAACAAUCAUUCUUCAUCUACUGAUCCUCCUCGGAAAAGAUCAAAAGUAUCUCGUGCUUGUGAUCCUUGUCGGAAAAAGAAAAUUAAAUGUAAUGCUGAAUAUUCAGAAUUGGAAAAGAAAGUCACGAAAAUAUGUACUAGUUGUGCCAAAAAUAAAGAAGUUUGUACAUUUGAUAGAACUCCUUUAAAACGAGGUCCUUCAAAAGGUUAUAUUCGAGAUUUAGAAGAAAAAGCUGGUGAUAGAAUAUCAUUGUCUACUUCAUCAUCAUCAUCUAAAUCAAAUCAUAUAAUAUCUACUAAAACAAAUAUACCAUUCCCACCUUCUCAUCAACAUCCACAACAUCCACAACAAUCACCGUCAAUUGCAAUUAUACCACCAAAUCCUUCCAUAAAUCAAUAUCCCCCUGGAAAUACUCAACAAUUACCUUUCCCACAAAAUUCAACCAGUCAUCGAGUAACAGGAUCAAUAUCAAAUCCCUCUAAUAGUAAUAAUAGCGGCAAUUCACCUACAAUUAAAUUACCACCAAUUGUAAAUUAUCCUUCGAAAAAUUUACCUUCUCCACUGUUAUCUAAAUUUAAUUCAUCAAUAUCAGCAUCGCAAACAUCUAAUCCUUCUAGUCCUAAAUCUCAAUUAUCCAAUAUACCAGGAUUAUUAAAUAAUGAUAGUAACAACAUCAACAACAACAACACCCCUAAUAAUGUUGGUGGUUCAGAAAAAACUAAUAGUCCACCAAUUCAAGGACCAUUUUGGAAAGUACCUUAUGAAAUGCCACAAUCAUCAUUAUCAAGACGUUCAUCCAUUGGUAGUAUAACUAGCACUAAUGGUGGUGGUGGUGGCUUGGUUGGUCAACCAAUUGUUUUGAGACGACCAUCAGUUGAAUCUAUUUCAUCAGUUUCAACUAAUGGAUCAAGAUUACCUUCAAUUAGACCAUCAAUAUCAAAUGAUUAUACUAGUGAUGCCGAAUCAGAAGAUUUUUAUUCAGUUCAAUCAUUUCGACCUAGAAGUUUAUCAAGAAAUUCUCAAUCUUUAUCACCAAGAAAUUCAAUUAGUUCAAUGUCAAGUUUGAAUGGAAGAAUUAAUAAAUCUUUAGGAUUUAAUUCGUCACCAAUGAUAGGAUCACCAUCACAACAACAAGUACUACCACCUCAAGUACAACAACAACAGCAACCAAUAAUGACUAAUUUUAUUCCACCACAAGCACCAGUUUUUGCUUCAUUUGGUGGAACAAUGCCAAAUCAUAAUCAUAAUCAUAAUCAUAUUCCAUUAAAUCCAUUAGAUGUAAAUUUGAAAUUAUAUUAUGAAAAAUUUCAUAUGAUUUUCCCAAUUUUACCAAAUGAUUCAAGAAUAAUUUAUAAUAUUUUAAAUAAUAAAUCUCAACCACCAUGGGAUUGGUUAAUUGAAGUUUUCAAUCAUAGUCUUAAUAAUUUAAUUAAUUUUCAACAAGUUGGUUUACAAUCAUCUAUUGGAAUAUUUAUAAGAUUAAUUCAAUCAUAUCCAUUUCCUAGUGAAACUACUACUACUACUACUAUUGUUAAUGAUAAUUCAUUGAUUUUAUUUUUCAGUAGUUUAAUUAUAUUAAGUUAUACAAAUUUAAUUAAUGGUGAUCAAUAUAAUCCAGGAAUUAGUUUUAUAUCAUCAAUAUUUAAUGAUUAUAAAAUUUGUGAAAGAUUUAUCGAUUAUGUUAAUAAAGAGAAAAAUAAUACUAGUGAUGGCGAUGGCGAUGAUAAUGUUGAUGAUGAUGAUGAUGUUGUGAUUAAAUAUUUUAUUAAAUUAUAUUAUUGUUUGAAUUUAAUUGAUAAUUUGAAUAGUUUAACAUUGGGAACUAAUAAAAAUUUAAAUGUGAAUUAUCAAAUAAUUAAAUUUUUAAAUAAUCAUAAAGAUAAAUUUCUUCAAAAUAAAUCCACUAAUAUUAAUAAUAAUGAUGAUGGUUAUGGGAUGAUGAUGAUUAAUAAUUCAAUUUUAAAUCAUUGUGAAAUAUUUGAUCAAUUAGUUGAAAUGAGAAAUAAAUUUAUAUUCAUUAACGAUCCUAAUACUAAUACUAAUAUUGAUAUUGACGAAAUUAUUAAUAUUGAUUCAAUAUCAUCUACAUCUAUAUUUAAUAAUAAUAAUAAUAAUAAUAAUAAUAAUAAUAAUAAUAAUAAUAAUAAUAAUAAUAAUAAUAAUGAUCAAUUUUUAAAAUAUUUCCAUCAAUUAAUUAUUGAUAAAUAUAAAAUAUUUAAAAUCAUUUUUCAAUUUAUAUCUAAAUCAAUUAAUUCUACUAUUAAUGGAUCUAUAAUUAAUAAUUCAAUUGAAAUUAAACAAUUUAAUCAAGAAUUAUUUAAUUUAAUUAAAUCAUCUAAUGAUAAUAUAUUAAAUUUUGCCAAUUUUAUAAGUAGCAACAACAACAGCAACACUACCACCUCAUCAUCAUCAUCAUCCUCAAAAAUUACAAAUGCAAAUUUUUCAUGGUUAAUAAUUAAUAAUAAUCCAAUAUUAAAUUUAUCUAUUUGUCAAUUAUUUAAAUCAAUUAAAUUACAUAAAUUAAUUAUUGAUCAAUUAGUAUUAUUAUUAUCAUUCUUUGGAUCAUUUAAUAUUGAAUUAGAAAAAUUAAAUAAUCAAUUAUCUAUAUCAUUUAAUUUAUUAAAUUUAAAUUUACAAAAUUUAAAAUUAGGUAAUAUGAUUAAUCAUAAUUUAAAAAUUAAAUUUAAUCAAUUAUAUAAAUUUCAAUUCAACAACAACAACAACAGUAACAGUAACAACAAAACAUCUAAUAAUGAAGAAAAUGAAGAAAAUGAAGAUAUUGAUAUGGAUAUUGAUAAAGAUAAGUUAAAUCAAUGGUAUGAUGAAUUAAAUCAUGUUAUUGUACCAUUUAUAAUUCAAGAUUUUAAAGACGGUUGGAUAUAA